AUGGACGUUGCACUUUCUGCUGUGAUCAUCUCCGAGGCCUUUUUGCCAACUGGGUCUUUGUUAGAGUCCUUGGUUCACAUAUCCAAAGAAGUUUGUUCCAUGGAAAAGCUUCCAAUUGUUCAAGUCAGGAACAUCUCAAACAUGACAAGAAGAAUCAAGCUUCUCUCUUCUUUGUUUGAAGAAAUGCAAGAGACUAAUCGCUCACUCCCACCAUCUUCAAUCCUUUGUCUCACCGAGCUUUUCUCCGUGAUUCGGAGAGUGAAGUUUCGCAUUCAAAGUUGCGAAGAUGGAAGCUCUUUGUGGGGACUAAUGCAGACUGAGUUGGUCUCUAAUCAGUUUUAUGUCCUUGUUAAGGAGAUGGGAAGUGCACUUGAUAUUUUGCCUCUCAGUUUGCUUAAUGUCUCGGCAGACAUUAGAGAGCAAGUUGAGUUGCUUCACAAGCAAGCAAAGCGGGCAGAGUUGUAUAUCGACCUCCGAGAGCUUCAAAGAAGAGAAGAGCUUCUCCAACUGAUGGCCACCAAUAAUGAGAACAGCAGUAAGAAAAAAGGGUUCUUGGAUUUCGGAAAAGUGAGAGAGAUUCUUAGCAGCAUUGGUCUAAGAACCCCACUUGAUUAUGAGGAAGAGAUAUUGAAACUAGAGGAAGAAGUGAAAAAACAAGCAGGGACUGGUGGGCUAAUAGUGGUUUCCAAUAUAAACAACCUUAUUUCCUUUGUUUCAUAUUGCAAAUCAAUGAUUUUCAUUGAUGAGCCUGAGAGACCAAAAGAAGAGCUAAAGAGGUCAUCUUCUUGUUCUUCUUCCUCAUCCUUGAACAAGAAAUUCGACCGUUCUUCCUCUUCUCAAUCAGUGGUUGCCAACAUCCCAGAUGAAUUCCGUUGUCCGAUUUCCCUGGACUUGAUGAGAGAUCCGGUGAUUGUUGCAUCAGGUCACACUUAUGAUCGAAACUCGAUUGCACAGUGGAUUAAUUCGGGCCACCAUACAUGCCCCAAGAGCGGGCAGAGGCUAAUCCACAUGGCCCUCAUACCAAACUACGCGCUCAAGAGCCUAAUGGAACAAUGGUGCCAGGAUAACAAUAUCCUGCUGUCGGAGUCUAAAUCGUCGUCUCUAUCUGGCUUGGAGAGAAGCGACACCAAAAGAGGGCAAUGUGAGAGUGCUGUGGAUCAUAUUUCUGCUGUGAAAGCUGCUGCUGACGCUGUUAAAAUGUCUGCUGAGUUUCUUGUUGGGAAACUUGCCACCGGCUCCCCAGAUAUCCAGAGACAAGCAGCUUAUGAGCUUCGAUUGCUUGCAAAAACUAGUAUGGAUAAUAGAAGGAUUAUUUCUGAGGCUGGAGCUAUUCCCUUUCUUGUGACUUUGCUCAGUUCUCAUGACCCUAGAAUUCAGGAAAAUGUCGUCACUGCUUUGCUUAACCUCUCAAUCUUUAAUAACAAUAAAAUUCUGAUCAUGGCUGCGGGGGCAAUCGACAACAUUAUAUACGUGUUGGAGUCGGGUAUGACAAUGGAGGCCAGAGAGAAUGCUGCAGCAGCAAUAUUCAGCUUGUCCAUGGUCGAUGACUGCAAGGUGGCGAUUGGGGCACGUCCAAGGGCGAUCCCUGCACUGGUUGGGCUGCUCAAAGAAGGCACUCCGGUGGGUAAAAAGGAUGCUGCCACGGCGCUCUUCAACCUUGCGGUUUACAAUGCUAAUAAAGUAGGUGUUGUGGUUGCUGGGGCGAUUCCUUUGCUUGUUGACUUGUUAAUGGAUGACAAAGCAGCCAUAACUGAUGAUGCCUUGGCUGUUCUUGCGCUGCUAUUGGGCUGUUCUGAGGGACUUGAGGAGAUAAGGAAGAGCAAAGUUCUUGUGCCUAUUCUCGUUGACCUUUUGAGGUUUGGCUCUCCUAAAGGGAAAGACAAUUCGAUCACUCUUCUGUUGGGGCUGUGUAAAGACGGGGGAGAGGAGGUGGUGAGACGGCUGCUGAUUAACCCGCGGAGCAUUCCUUCUCUUCAAAGCUUGGCGGCUGAUGGGUCUUUGAGAGCUCGGAGAAAGGCUGACGCUCUGCUUAGAUUACUCAGUAGGUGCUGUUUUCAGUCACAUAAUCAGGUCGGAUUGUAA